AUGACAACAGCAGCCAAUCCACAAGUACACCAAUGCUUCUAUAUUGAUCUCGUACUGGAGGCAGAGUACUUUAAGAUGGCAUGCAACUUGACCUUCUCUAGCGUGGGAUUUGAAAUGCAUCACACGGUACGCAUACCAUAAUUCAAAUAAUUUUAUACGCAGUUGUGAAUUGUUUACUAAUUGAAUCUGUCUGUUAAUAUUCCUUUAAACUACAACACCUGGAUAGACCAAUGCAAGAAGACUGAGCAAGCUAAGCAUGGUCUUGCAUGUCCGCCUGCAUUGAAGACGAAAUUAUGUCAUGCCUAACGUAAACGUAAUUAUAUUUAGGGCAUAGAUUUAAUUACGCAUGCAGAUGGGGCCUGAGGCUACUACUUGUAGUUCAGUUGCCAUCGUCAAUUCAAAUCCGAUUAAUGCUUAAUUUGAACGCACAUUCUUAUUGUUUUCCAGCAUUCUUAACUUUAGUGCUCUCCUAUUAAGUCAGAUAUCCGUGAUCGCGACUACUGUUUUAUCGGAUAUUAAUAAUAUAUAUAUAUAUUUAAAAAAUAUUCAAAAUGGUAACCGCUAAAUUUCAAUACAUUGAGGUAUGGAAUGAUAAAUGUUCUAAAAACGCUGCUGUAAAUUAGGAAUGGAUAUGUUUCGUCAAAAAUACAGCUAAAUUAACACUCGAUAUAGUGUCUAGGACAACCGGCAAUCACUUUGCCUAUUAACUCAUUGGUGGGUAGCAGAAUCAGCAAAUACUAAGUGCGCCCAUCGAUGGGUUUACAUUCCCAUGCACGUUUUACGCCUGAAGACUGCUCAGCAAAAUUAUUAUCCAUUCUGCAACGGCAAGUUAUGUUUACGGGGGAUACUGAGUGUGUUCUUGAUUUUUGUAUCCGAAAGGACUGUUCGGCAGUACGCAUCGACAGUGGGAAGAAACGAAGCGCCAGUCACCGCAUGUCGUUCGAUAUGUCGUCAUGUUUACUCCGCCGUUCACCUGAUGGAGAACAGACAACUGGGCGACUCCGGCGUCGAUGUGCAGGCAGGCGAGAAUAGAAUAAUCAGACGCUAAACUUUAAACCUUCUACAUAAUGAUUUACAUACGUGGUGGCCUGGCAUAUAUCUACAGCUGACGUUUCGUUAACUACAUGGACAAAUCUAAAUGUCUCGCAUUUGUGGUAGACAAUACUCGGCGGGUUGGUAGUUGGUAGCCCUGCCAGCUAGCGAUUCUUUCCUGCACUUCCAGUUUAAGGCAGUACGAUUUCAGUAGCUGUGAUUACGUUCUCAAUAUGUCUGGGAUUGUACGCGUAGAAGCCCUGUCAGGGUGACUUUCUUGUUCACUUUAACCGCCCCGAAAACGAGGCGCUGCAAAAAUGCCCAUAUAGAUUCAUCGUAUUGCACCCCCACACGUAAAGCUUUAGUAAAGGGCGAAAGAUUUAUCCUGGGCGGAUUAUGAUUCAUCAUGCUUCUCAUUAGCAUCCUAGGCGGAUUGGCGCGGGUCUCCGUUUUGUCGGUUUGCCUGCGUCCUUUGGUCUUUUUACUCCAGACCUCCUGCAGAGUUCGGCGUGACCGUGUACGAAAAGGACAACCGUCGCGCAGAUAGGGUGUCUACCGAUUCUCCACCCACGUAUAACAAACACCUACUGCCAUAGUUUUAAUUCUAAAUGUGGCCACAUUGGCAAUCAACUAUUAUUUGCGGAUUAUCUCUUCCGCCCAAACAUAUCCUUGGCAUUAAAGUCUUACCCCGUUUGCGUUAUGCCAUCCUGACAUGGACAAUUUUAAAUGUCUCGCAUUUGCGGUAGCCAAAACUCUAAUAAGCAGACGAAAACACAAUUUUGGGUAUUAAGAGCGGCAGCAUUGGGUAUUUGAAAUGUAAAAACAUUUAAAAGGAGGCGUUACAUGAGCAGAUCAAUAACGGAUCAUGGAAGACGCUGAGGGCAGUUAUUCAAAAAUGGUUAUUCUGGGUAGUGUAAUUGUAACCGAUUAAUGAAUGACAUAUGCAGAGAUACGGUGCAAAGGUCACGCACACUACACCGUCAAUUAUUCCAGACACCUUGUACAUCCGAAAACAGACAGGCAUGCCGCCGCCUUUGAUACGUGUUGUAAUCUGCAGAAAUGUAAACUCCAUCAAAAAGAGGGGCUGUCGGCAGAAGAGCCGUAUAGACCCAUCUGGAUUAAACGCAGUAUUGACUGUUAGUUUCGUAUCAAAAUGCAUCUGCUGCCAGAAGGCUGGGGAACGGUGGUUUCGCAUUUAGCCACAGCCUUCAUGGUAAAUCUGGAGGCCAAGCAGACACCCGCCAUAAGCGCCAAUAGCAAGUUUGCAAAGCACAGAGCAAAGAUAGGCUCUGGCAGGUAUGCCGAGUGAGCUGCAUAUUCCCUGCAUCAUGGAAAACUGGAUUUGACCCUUAAGGAAAGCAAACCUUUCAGUGGCAAACGGCCAGAAACACCCAAGGGGCGUAACUUACCUGAGUACUUUAUUCUUUGUCAUUUAUACUAAGUACAUUUAGAUUGGAAAAGUUUAGAGAUCCGGGAAGAUUAUUAGAAGAAGAAAAUUGGCUCUCCGGAACAGCUUGAUUUAACUGCUGACGUUUCAAAGGGGUCUCUGAAGCGGUCUCGCGACUGUUACAACCCACCAGAGUAGGCAUAGCCCAUCGACCACAAGCAACAAUUUGACGUCGCCUGAUGCAACCUAAAGACCCAUUGCCACCCGCUGAAACCUCAGCAGUCAUCUACGAAAUAAAUUGCAAUGAGGGCGACUGCAACUAUGUGGGCGAAGCUGGGCGGAAAUUGCAAACUCGCCUACAAGAACAUAAAUCGGCCACUCGGAGGUUAGAACCUAACUGUCAACUAGCAACACACGUUGGAGGAACAGGACAUACUUUUGACCUCCAGAGGGCUACCAUCUUAGGCCGAGGCAACACAAAAACAGAACGGCUAACUCUCGAAGCGUGGUUCUCCGAUGCCCAAUCUAUCAACAGGCAUCUGGACCUUCCUGCAGCUUGCAAAGUCUUACGUCAUCACAAUCGUAGAGCUCAGGACCAAACAACCACACCUGACUUAAGAAGGCAGCACGGAGAUAUCCCGACGCUGAGCUUACUCGGUGAGGAAGAACAAGAACCGCCAGACCGACCGCCCGACUAAAGUCCAAUCAGCUCCCCUCGACGGAGUGGUGACUCAUAAAGCGCACAGGCAAAAACGCCCGUCAACCAUCUCCUGAGAGGCCGAAGCAGCGGGAGGAGAGGGAAAAAAUCGAUCACCAUGAGGCCGGCCAAAACAACUUGCCACUUUAAACUAAAUUUCUGAUCGAUUAGGUGCAGUUUACCCUUUGACAAUGAAGAGCCUACCCAGCUCUUUGAAACGUCAGCAGUUAAAUAAAGCUGUUCCGGAGAGCCAAUUUUCUUCUUCUAAUAAGUAAAUUUAUUUAAUUCGAAGGGCAUUUGUGAUGGGUUUUCGCUCGCAACCUAUAGGACAUAUCGGUUGGCUCAAGCAGGUGAUGAUUUUGUGGACGGCGAUAUUCAGAUUUCUAACUCACGAGGUCGUACAUUUACUGAGCGUUGCAUCUAACCUUUUUAGAUUCCAAAUAAAAAUCUUUAUAUUGAUUGACUAGAUACUUACCUGCAGGUGGCGUACCUAAAAGCGCACAGGUAACACUUAAUGCCCUGCAUUUGAGGCGUACAACAGUAGAAACCCCCCGUUCAUCGUGUCUCUGCUUCCAACGCCUAUUUAUGCUCAAAAUACGGUAUGAACACCUGUCAUUCUAACAUCACGUUAGAAAGUAUUUGCAAAGUUACAAUAAACACACACAAACGCCAUUCGUCAGUGACUACGAUUGUCGUGCCCAGCGUCACUAGAUCCAUUAUAUGUUAAAAAAUCGCUUCUUCACAUCACUUAUAUACCUUUUACAAAUACCUUCUGAAACAAAUGGAUGUAAUGUGCGGCGACUUUGAGCUUUUAACACAGUCCCAAACGAUUGUUUGGAAAUGCUCGUAAAACUGAACCAAAUGGACUUAUGUGUGUUAACUUGAAAAUCUUCGUAAAUUACAGCAGAAUGUUUUAUGUUUUUCAAAUAACCAGUUAAAUUUAUGUACCAUUUUAGGUAAAGCAGGGUUAUUAUGACGUUUUUGUGGCAAGAGACGUAAUCCGCGUUAAUUUGCAGAGAGUAGAAGCAGAAGCACAGAUACAUUAUGCUUACGGUCUUGGACAAGCUGCAAAGACGUUGCGGGCUACGGGGCUGCGGUUCACGAGUUUGACUGACGUCAAGAGAUUGCAAGGUGUCACAGAGGCAUUGCAUAUAAUGAAUGCAUGGAGGCGAUCUGCUCUCUCCAAACUCGCAGAUCUUGCGGUGCAGGCCUUUCUAAAUAGUCCAACGAUAUCAUGCCACAUGUAGACUCAUGUUGCUUAUUUACAUUGGUCUGGGAUCACUAUAUUACAACACUUUUCAUUAAAAAUCUGCUUUAUUUUACGGGCUACUUGUGCAAAAUCGGCAUCUUGCAACAACAUUCUUUAGGACGUUAUUAUGAGAUACUGUUAUAUCUUCCAGAUCAAGGAUUAAGUUUAUGCAGGGAUUUAUUCAAGUAAUAUUUAUACAUUUCAUUUCGGCGAGCUCGGAUAUAUGGUUUUGUGUUAUGGUAGCGCGCAAUCCUCAUCCAGAAAGUGCUUCGCACGUUGUUUUUUUCUCCGAGUCCGCUGGUACAUACAGUUGACCAUCGAACGAACUGUUCUAUUUAGGAAAUUUAAACUACCAAAUAAAAGCAAGUAGCGACAGUGACGAUAUAACGUUUAGUAGCUGUACAAAAGCGUUUGUGCGAGGGUUGAAUGAAGAGCCGAAAUCGAAAGAUUUUAACCAAUCCGUCUUUAUAUGCUAUCAACUUCAGCGCGACUCCUUAAAGUACCUACAAUAUCACGGAUGUUGCAACAUAUUAGCUUCGAGGACGCUCAUUAGUUACGGAAGUCACGUCUGACAAAGAGCCGCAAAUUUGCCGGAGAACCUCGCAUAGGAAGCCCGUUUGCAAGACAGACAUUAGCAUGCCGCCGAGUUAUGCGCGACCCCCAGGGGUCAGCAACACGCGAGGGCCUGCCCAUGCGGGCCUUCUGGACUAGAACAGUAGUAACACGCAAACCAGACGAAAGCUGAAUCCUUGAAUACGAAGCCACGGACGGAAGGAUUAAGAGUUGGGGUACACAGAGUGACUGACACAGAAAAUUUGUUCUCUGGUAUCAAGUCUAUGUUCUAUUCCGCACAGAACUGGCGUCAUACUAUCUGGAGAUAUAACAGGCUGCUUACGCUCUAAGUGAAGAGUUACCUCUGGAUACACGUCUUUGCUACAAACUGAUCUAUGAAGUGAUUCGUAGGUUUUUUGACGUACAAGGUCAUCCAGAAAUGGGAGUUGUCCAUCAACCUCUGUCUUGAAAGUAAAUGUAAUUCCUGGUAUAUACUACUAACAAACAUUUAGCAAUUAAGUUGGUAUUACGCAACCAUCUGGCUGUGGCAGAUGGACUGUCGGUCCUGCUGCCCACCCGUAAAUUUCCCACACAACGACUAAUCACAUUGGAUUAAAUACCGAUCAGCUUUAAACAAUGUGUUCUUGAAACUAUUUUGGCAGGAAAUAAAUAGUUUAGAUGUUCCGGAAGCACAGUAUGUGUCAAAUACGAAUUUCAGCAAAAAACGUUGUGCUCUGCUCGUACGAAUUCGGGUAUACAUUCUGGAAUAAGCAUGCUCCUGUCUGUGGAACUGUGAAUGGAUGAGGUUGGUUUACUCUUUUCAGUGAUAUGUCAGCUCUCAUUUUAACUUUGAUAUGAAAGGUAUGGACGCAAUUGCGGACUUCCCACAUGCCUUCAGAACACUGGCAGUACAUGCGCUAUUGCAUUCCAAAGGUCAUAUUUUUAACGGCAUUGUCCAGAGUGUCUGUAGAAAACUUCGAAAUAUACAAAAGAAAUGGAGGCAAGAUGCAUUGCACUCGCUGGAUGAGCUUGUGGCGAAGGCAUGUGCCAAUUCAUUGACGUUUACAUCUUUCACAAGAUCAAUAUUAUUUAUAAUAAUUAGACGAUGAAGUUGCCUAUCCAUCAUAAUAUCUUAUCAAAUAAGCUCUUAAAACUGUGUGCACAAACUUUGGUCCAAGCUCCGUGUUAGGAGCAUUUAAACGGACUCCGCAGCACCACCUACCAUAGAAAUCCGAGUCGCUUUAUGUCAAAUAUUGGGUAGACUUCUAUCAGGCUCCCGGUUAAGGCAGACGUAUUAUGUACCAUACUUGGAAUUUGGCAAAACGUCACUUACCUAAAUUGGAGUUGCCACUUUCCAUGUCAUACUAACUAAGCAUUAUAAAAGUCGGUUGUUGGCAUUAGGCGACGUCUUCUUAUCUACAAGCCUGCGAGCACAAACAUCUAACUGUCUGAAGAACUGUCUGAGUUUUUUUUCCUAUACAGGCCUCUCGCACGCAAUGGUUUUUAUAUCGUUGCCUGCACCACUCCCCAUUAUAGGUUAGGUAGUAAUCAUGAAUCACAAUGAAGUCUUUCGCACGUAAUGGUGAGUAAUAUUCUUGACUUUAACGAAACAUUCUUGUCAAACACUUUACGCGGUUACAAGUGGCAUUGUUUCUAUUUACCAAGAAAUGCCCUGAAAUCUUUUGGACAUGAUUUAACUGCUUCAGGUUUCAGUGAUGAAGAACAUUGGCCGGGUUUGAAGAAGGAGACACGAUAGCUUUGACAAGAUCUUUAUUAGCCUGACGUUUCGUAUGCCUGCUCGAACACAUCAUGAGAGACAAACGAGAUAGGGUCAUAAACGAUGAUAUAAUUGAUAGCAAUAUGGUGUCUGUAAUCAAACGGGGACCUGUGACAGCGAAAAUUGACGGUGUGGAUUAUUCCCUGUGGUUAUAAAUAGAUUUUGCUGUGAGGGCAAUUAAGUGUGGAUAUUAUAAAUCCACAACUCAAAACUGUUUUCGUCGCCUGUACUCUGUUUUGAGUGCUUAAGGGAACAAGCACGUCUAGGAUAAUGUGAGAGAUUGCUAAGUGCCCAGCGGCUAGGUGUGCGUGGACUGAGUCCGAUUUCGCAUGAAACCGGAGUCUUGUGCACGUGCUGCGUAAAUACAUACCUGCAUGCAGACGAUACAGACAGCAGACGCUUUGGAAGACAUGGCUGUCAGUGGGUUUUGCCAUGAAGUGAAUACGUCUGUCAGCUCGGACUCCUUGACCUGACCUGAGUUAGCAGCAGCAAAAACAAAAGGAACAACAAACUAUGGUCCUCCUGCCACAGUCGAGACAGCGUUGUACCAUUCGGAUAAAUGCUGAUUACUACUGAGACGUUCACUUUAAAGCUAAUCAUCAUCCAGACAGCUAAGUCUAAGUACUUCAGUUGAUGGGGUGCUCGAGGAGAGUCCUUUUAAGCGGUAUUCCAUAAAGACUUCGGACUGCCAGCAGGCAGACAUCUGCUUCGGCGAUUGUCAGAAAUUUUAAUGGGCAAUCACCAAAAGCUGCAUCUGUGAUAAGGCAAGUUGCUGCCAGUGCAUACUACAAUGGGCUUGAUUUCUCAUUACCAUGAAGUUAAGAUUUUUGCCGAGCGAAGAUUUGUAUUGAAAUUAAAUCCGUAAUUAUCCCUGAUAUAAAAAAACAAUCAAUGCAUUGGUGGUGCAUUAUUGGUGAUCUCCCACUUUCUUCGAUACCAGUCGUAGCUAUUUAGAACACUUCCAGUGCAAUUCGAGUUUCUGACCGAAAUUGGACGCGACAUCAUUACUUUAGAAGCAUUGUUGUUUUGAGAUUAUCAACAUAGGAAUUGCAUUUUUCUACAAAAUCGCACUGCAGAGCAAUGUUUUCCGCUUUGAUAUCUGUUACUGGUAUAACCUCAUGAAAUCACCCUAUUUCCUCACUUUCACUUAAGUUGAUAAUUACCGGAGGACUUCCCGAAUAGGCUGCGGUCCUUCCUGGAGCAUUCUGUUCUGUUCGAUUUCCUUGCCAAUUUUGUAACUUAAAAAGAAAAGCACAGUUAAUCUAGCCUAUGCAAAUGAAUUUCGAUGGGUGGAGGCGUUAUUUUGACUUUCUAUCAAUAUACCUGCCUCGUUAUUUGUAUUGCCUCAUCCUACAGUGACAUUGUCCUCGGAUGGGUAGGAAACAGGGCCGAAUAAAACGUUCAUUAUUGUCAACUGUUACCUUUUCCUCAUAAGAUUAAACAACUCCACACGUACUGUGAACAAAUGUAUGUUUUACUCAAGGCCUAAGCGUCAUCAGCCAGCCAUACCCAACCCCAAGGUGUGGAACAUCUAAAGCUGGAACUCGCGACCCGUCAGUUAGAAGUCCACGCCUCUAAUCACUGAGCCACGCGUCUGUUUUCCUGUCGGUUUCCGAUUGGGAAUAAACAAUGGUAAAGGGCGUUCGCCGAUCGAUAUUAAGGAACUCACUCGUUCCGUUUUGUCUUACGGGCUCCUUUUAGAGCUUAAUAAGCAGCCGCACGGCGGCGCAUGAUAUAGACAGUAUUUUAUUACCGGCGAAGACAAGCGAGACUAGAAUGGUCAUUUCUGGCUUAUUAACCGUGCUUAGCCAGUCGUACCCACGCCCGACGUAUGAGGCCUUAAAAGAAACAUAAUUCGAAAGUUAUUCAAAACAUCUCACCAGUCCGCAGCAUCGACACAUCCCCAGCACUAACAAUGAAAUAUCGAAUUCUUGGGCAUGUUUAAAUUUUAAAUAUUUGUCAGAAUUUAUACCAGGGCACAAUAAUAAACAAUUUACGAAAUUUAGUGGACUCCGGAUAUCAUAUAGACAUCAAUGAAACGUUUUGUGUGAUCUAUAAGGUUCCAUUAAGCUAUCUUAAACCACUGGGACAGCGUCUGUUAGCAACAGCAGAGGCUGCUGCCAUCAGGUUGUGAAAACUAAAUUUGUGCGUACAGAAGAACCACGUUCAGGCGCCGCGCCUUCAGUGGUGGAAUAUUGACUAUCGUUAUACUCCCCCGCGCCCUUCCGUUCUCACAUUGACUCAGACACUGCCUCCCCCCACAUUUCCACAUUCAGCCUGUGUUUAAGGCGAACUUUAAUCAAUUUAUAUUAUCACUGACGUGUUUGUGCUUCCACUCCUUUCCCAUAUAAGUGUACUCGCCUGACGAGAAUUUGUCGAAAGCUACGUAUGCCCGCCAAGUAUUCAUUUGAAAUGGAGUUUGUUCACUUUCCCGACGGACACAUUUUUCGUCGAAUUAUUUUGAUGUCAGAAAAUGUACCUGUAACCUAAAUGCACUCCUUUUGUCUUGUACGCACUUAAUAGUUGCACAAAAUGUCUCAAAACUUCGGUCUCAAGCUUACGAAACGCAAAACACCCAUAAUAUUCAAGGCUUCAAUUAUUUUCGGUUAUGACUCCUUUGACUCACACACGAACGGGACCUGAUUAGCGAAAGGACUUAGGCAGUUUAUAAAUGAAAAAAGAAGAUUCGAGCACCGGAACGCUGUAUUCACUUUCCUGAGCUCUCAGAGUCGUACAGAAAUCUAUCGUCAGUGGAAGUAGCAGCAACAAAACAAGCGACAUUUAUAAGACACUUAGCCCAAUCAUCGACCGACGCGCACGACUGAUGGUGACUACGCAGGGCUGUAUACGCCGACGCCAGAUCGAUAAAUCGAUUGACCAAGAUCUCAUCCGAGGCCUAGGCUUCAAUCAGUUCUCGGUAUGUUUUGUUUCCGGCGUGGACGACUAUUUAGGUGGCUGCGUAGAUAAACGGGUUACCCAUUUCGUAGGUGUGGGCGGCCACUCGUGAUAAUGCGUAGCCUCGUCGCAUAGCCAGCGUCCAGUGUGUCCUGUGUAGUUACGAGGACAAUUUCGACAGAAAAUGCGAUGCCGUACUCCAGAUUGCUCUUCAGGCUUUAAGCGGUUUCUAGAUGAUUCAGAUGGGUUUAUGAACGACUGUGUUGUGAACAGUAGCCUUCAAGGUUUAUGGCUGUAGCAGUCUGAGCUUUGAUGCACCUCUAUGUUUGCCCGAGUCCGCAAGGUCACGUGUUCGUCUGUCAGAAGUUUUAAUCAACAGGAUUUCAUCGGAAAUAUGUCAGAAAAUCAGCAAAAGGGUCGGCGUUUUUAUAAAGCGAGUUGUUAUUUGACUUGACUGCUAAAACCUAUUUGUGGUUGCCAAACGGCAGACGAAAUAGAAAGCGAUUGAGGGAGUUGUUGUAGCCAAGGAUGCAUUACGUUGUUAAUAGUACGGCGAGCAUGUUUAAUGUCAAUACCAAUAUCGACAACGAGCAUCAUGAAAGAAUAGAUCUUAGGUUGCGUCAUGGUCAACCUGUCAGAUGACUAUUUGUUAGCAGAAGUAGAGAAUACAUCAAUAAACAAAUAUUUGGCUGACACAUUCAAAAUGCCCUCAUAUCCCGGAUUUUGUGCUGCUGGUGGCUCAUUGGAAGGCAGUUUAAAGUGGUCCGAAGGCAAUGGCAUUGAUCACCUUUUGGCACUGUUAUUAGGACUUGCGUGCUAAUUGUUCUGCAACUUCGUCUUGUCUGCUAUUUUGUCUGAUUUGCAAAGGUGAAAUAUUUAACGACUAUCAAUCACCUUACACGUCAGCCACAUCAGACAGCAGCCGAAAUUGUUUAAGAGGCUUUCUGAAGAAUAGUUUCGUACAAAAAGUGGAAUCAAUGCAGUCGCUAAAAGACUCACAUCUGUGAAAAAAUGUCCGUAAUUUUUACGGACAUUUAGAUGACAUAAACGAAAAGUGCCGUAAAUGGAACCAUGAUUAGGAAUGUAGAAUGGGAACAAUUACUUGCAUAAGUUUUGCUUAUACAGUUUUAAGUAAUUGAUUUUUGGCGGUAAAAUGGUAACUUAGUGCAACAUUCUAACAAGUCAUAAACAUUUUUGGAUGUGUCGUGUUUUGUUGGUGGAAAUGCUGUAAGAUUAGCAAAAUAAGUUUUCAGAAAAUCGCUUUAUUGUGGAAAUACUCAAAAAAAUUUAUAGUUUAAAGAAAACCAUUGACAAUUUUUUUUACUCGAGACAUAUUUUAAUUAUUGUUCAUUUCAAAAGCCAAAAUAUGCAGCAGAGAAAAAAUUAUCAACGAAAAAUAUGUGGAAAGGGAUACCAUUUCGUGACGUUUAAUGAUUGGCGAAGCAUGUAGCAUCUGUCUGCUCUACCAGUAAUCUACGCCCAACUGCAUCCGCUGGCAACGUGUGGGUUUAUGCGGCAUAGGACCAAUUGCUUAUUUAAGUGUAUAUAAAUUCCGAAGUAUGCCACUAGUAUUUUGUUAAAAAAAAACAUGUCGUGCAAAGAGCUCGUCUUGGCGUCAUUGAUUUUGAUGCUGUUUUAUGCAGGCAGUGGCUUAACAAAUAUUCUGUGUAAGCAAUUGGUUAAGAAUGCCGCAUAUGCUUGUUUUUAUUUGUUUUGCCAUUUUUAACUAUUCUAUCUGGCGAUUCAUACCAAACAACAACGAAUUAAUGUUAAAAGUAAUGGCCAUCAAGAUUUCACGGUUAAGGCAGACAGUGUGUGUUGUUAAAAAGAACUGGAAUGAGAUUGCCAUUCUAUGCAUAAACACUGUCGAAAUACUGUUGCCGUAUAACUUAUGGAAUCACGUGUCAAUAGAAUCAGCAAAACGAAAAGCUGGCUUGCGAUUCACGCUGAGCUUAAUCAAGAAGAAUCAAGUUGCUCCGUUCAAAUACUGUCCUAUCAGUUUUAACCAUAAUUCGCCGCCAUGUUGGUUCACUUAAAUUCGGUUUUAUUAAGUAAAAAGAGGGCUCUCGUCUCUGUAUUCUCCAUCGACUGUAAAAAAAACACAGAAGUGACACACUUCUAAGAAAAUCACUGUAAAUGUUUUGUUAACGCUAUGUCAGGGCGUUAGUCGGUACAUGUGCGCAGACAGAGAAUUCUAAAAAAACCUAUCUAGCAACUGCAAAUAGUAUGGUCAUAUGCAAUUGGCCACGGGCUGUUGAAAGCAUAAGGCUAUAAAAAUUAACAGGUAAGUAGUAGGCGUUUUAGAAACCCAAUUUGACCAUGCAUAAAUGUGCACUUCAAGAACACAAUAAAUAGUUAGGCAGGGCGCAACCUUCUGCAACCACUCUGGUACUGAACAAAAACUUGCCUUCGUCAAUACGACCACACAAAUGCGUGCGUAUAAGGCUGGCGGAAAAUGGCAUGCGGCUUGAGGAGAGAUCAGGCUAUGAAUAGUGCCCACGAUUAACAUUGAGUAUUCUUGUUCCUGCCUGUAGAAAAAGGGAACAACGUUGUGAAUUGAUCGUCUAUUUUCAUCGUGCAACGACCAUAUUCAUUCGGCCAUUUUUCGUCGCGCACCUAUGAACGGUAUCGCAUGCUUUUAAACUGAAAGUGCCCCAUUCUAAGUAAUGACCGUUGACGAACUAUUGUAUGGUAACUUACGUCAAUGAUUGUCUGACUGUCUUAAAAACACUUUCGCACAAUGUGAAAAGGCCUAGUUAGCUUUUUCAUAAAUCAAGAUGCACUCCGCCUUUGGUUCCAUCCAUAAUGCCUUCUUCCUCACGUCGCAGAGUAAGAAAAAUAAAAAAUAGGCUAUUUUCACCUUAAGUGCAGACAGAUGCCAGACAAAAUCGCCUCAUUCAGACAGAUGUACAGUUGGUAAUCUAACUCAUGAAAUUUCAACCGAAAUUCCGAAGUUCGUUUUCGUUUCGAAAAGAUAAAUUGAAUAGUGUUGUAAAACUUGUAAACCUGUAACAUAAUUGUACAAUUUUUCAUUAUCUCUGUAGGCUGGCUUUUAAACACACUUCUUAUAGGCUGCAAGUAAAAUCUGCGCCCUGUAAAAAUGACUAUGUACGUAGCAUGACUGUUUCUCAUUGAGUUUCGAUGCCCCUAAAUUUCCAAUUUUGUUUAAGGGAAAACGUGCAUAAAAAUAUUCGUUCGUUUGCUCAUUCGGUUUAAUGUUAAGUCUUCUUCUUAUUUUAUACUCGAUGUUAGAACAUAAUUCAGUUGAGAAUAUGUGGCUUAUUGUUAAGCUUUUAAAUACUGUAAAAUGCCGUUCAAAAAUCAUCAUGCCUCUGCAUUUUCCCUUUACGGAUUGUAAAACUAACAAUAUUGAUCAAAUCUACUGCUAAAUUUUAUGAAUCCUGUAGGGUCACAUUUUACUAACGAAGUUUAUUGCGUUUUUUCCGUACGCGGAAAAUAUACGGCUUGCAGUUUGGAAACCAUAAAUCCAGGUGUAACGUUAGAGAGUGUUUUAAGUUAUUCGGGAAUUAUACAUGUUUUGCAAACCGAGUUAUGUCCGUUUUUCGACUAUACAAUUAGAAAAAGACGCAUUUUUUUAACGAAUGAGUAAACGAAUAUUUUUAUGCAUAUUUUUCAUGAGAUACAAUUUGACAUUUAGGGGCAUUGCAAAUCAAUGGAAAAAAAUGCAUGCUAUUUCAACGGUGGUUUUUGACAGAGUGUAGCUUUUGCAUACAGACGGAAGGAUAUUGAUUCGAUAGCCGGCCUCCUUAGGUAAAUGAAAUAAUAUAGAAUUAUACUGCAGGCUGACAAGUUUUACAACCCUCUUUAGUUGAUCUUUUCGAAGCGAAAAAGCAUUUCGGAAUUUUGGUUGACAUUUUAUGAAAUAGCCCAGCCACUGUAACUUGAAAAGGGCGCAAUCCGUUAAUUUUCCUUGCAUUCUGGUAGAAUUCUGUCUAUUUCUUGUGGGCAGGCAUAUGUUUUUGAACACAGUAGACCAAUUCCACAACGUGGCACAAACAUGAAAGAAAAUUGGUUGGUGCAUCAGUACUGUCGAGACAAAGGAGCAAUUAAUUAUCAAACAAAAUUUUGACACUGAUUAGGAAUUCAAGGUCAAUAGCGACAGGGAUUAUGGGAUAUCUCACCCCGCAGUUUUAAUUCUAUACGAACCGUUGCCUUGCGAACUUUAUAUUGACAUAAUCCUAUCUUAUUCUCAUCGCAUGAUGUUUUAGGGGAUUUUGAGUUACGUUAACCCCGUAGCCUUCCAUCUGUCUCUAUAGCCGUGCAAAUAAUGUGGAAUUUUACACCGAAUAUUUUCACGCAAACGCAGGAUUAUGCGAUAUGUCUGUUUGCCUUUUAUGAAUUGAAGCUUAUUCACGUUGUCCUGGGUCAGAGAAUGGAUUCCACUUGUACGAACUUGUCCAGAAACGAUUCGAGAAUUCCUGCGCAUUCACGGCAUCCAUUUCAUACAACCUGCGAGGCAAAACGCAGCUUCUCAUGACAACAGCAGCCAAUCCACAAGUACAUCAAUGCUACUAUGUGUAUCGCAUUCGGGAGGCAAAGUACUUCAGGAUGGCAUGCAACCUGACGUUCUCUGGUGUCGAAAUUGAAAUUCAUCAUAUGGUAGGCACACUAAAUUUCAAAUGAUUUCAUGUACACUGAAGAAUGCAGUAUCAACUGAACUGACAUUAUCUGAAGAUCUGUAAGAUAUAAUGGUCGGUUAGUGUAAGUACAAGAUUAAACAUGUGCAUGCAGACGCAAGCUUCAGAGGAAUCAUCAAAAUAACGGUGAAGGAGUAUGCCCGAAUACAGUGAAAGCUAAAAUAUGCCAUGCAUAAAAUGUGUCCACUUCGUGCAAAGUAUACAGAGAACUAAAACUGUCUAAAGGUCCUUUCCAAAAAGAACUACCCUGGCAUAUUAAAUUGCAUCGCGUUAAGGUCAAAUCCUGCUUCGCGCGUUCACAUUCGAUGCUCAAUUUAACGCAAAAAAAAUGUUGGUUACUUUAAUCUUCAAAUGAAACGAUUACAUGUUCUUUCGACAUCUAAAGGCACAAGGGGAGACGUGUUGUAGACAGCGUUUGAAUGAAUGACGAAGAUUGUAUAUCUUUUAACAAGAAGCCGUAUAAUAUCCGAAUAACGUGAGUCUUUUAGGAGAAUGAAAUAUACACUUUCUGGGCAGCGAUAAAGGUUUAGGACCCACAACUAACUCCAGCUAUCCUAUGGACCGAGCCAUAACUCUGGUGAUUGUAGAUAGGGUUUAACGAGUGAGCGAAACAAAGGGCGAAGGAGAAAAAUAAGAAUACACAGAAAUUGGACUGAUGUCUUUAGAAAGCCUUGUCCUACGCUGCCAUUGGCCAAAUAAACUGGGCGCGAUAGUUAAAAAAUAUUAAAAAAUAAAUUUUUAAAAAUAACGGACUUUGAAUAAAUUGAUGUUGUUGAGUUUACAUUUGGUCGGGAAGGUAAAACAUUUUCGAAAGAUAAAACAGAAGAUAGCAGGUCAUGCUUAGAAUCACACUGAAGCCGUACUAUCGCACAAAACGAAGACGUUUAGAAUGCUAAAAUUACUAACACAUUGUCUUAAGCGCCACUGAAAUGGAGGCCAAACCGCGACUUUAAGCAAUAGAGAUUACAAGGAGAAGACGUUGUCAGUGUUGGCAUGCUGAUGGUAUUUAAUUUCCUUACUUGAGAUCCUACCAAAUUGCUUAGCAUCUUACAGGAGAGAAACAAUUACCAAUUGAUAAUUCCAAAUUCCUGCAAGAAACUGAACCGAAAAUCACCAAUUGAAAGUAUGAACCGAAAAGCCCGAGGCACUAUUACCAGCAACAGUUUUACUAAUCGAUGCAUCCGAUUACAAGAUUUCUAAAUGACAAUUCCAUAAAAGCCUACCCGUUGACGAAGACUGUUUAACAUCAAUCGACACUUCAGCAGAGUUUCUGGACACAUAAGAAGGAUACAUUAUUUCUGGACACGUUGCAAAAGUACAAAAUUUCAGAAGAUGAUAUAAUUGUAUCCUUUGGAAUCGUUACUCUUGUUUAUCCAUUCCAGUGAAUUUGGCAAGCCAAUGCACAAACGAACACCUCCAGUCUGGGCGUGCUGCACCCCAGUAGGACGGAGCGCACGAAACGGUGUACGCAGUUUCCGGCUAAUCAGAGCUUCGUUAGGAUAAACGCCGUCAGGGGACGCCGCGUUCAUUGUUGUCCUGUAGGAAAACAAGAACGCUUGCGCUAUCUCGUCCAUAGUCUGCUGCCCACGAGUUUUCAAGCAGGCUCUCCUAAAAAUGUCGGUAAAACGAUCCGUCUGACCGUUUGACUGAGGAUGGUAGGGCAAAGAGCGAAGAUGCUGAGUGUUAAGCUGGCGGCAGAAAUCUUCGAACGUCGACGAAGUAAACUGUGAGCCAUUAUCUGAAACCAGGACUUUCGUUUAGCUAUCCUGGCUAUAUAUGCAUCAUAGGAAAGCGAUGGUGGCAGAGGCGGUCGCUAGAUUCAGUGGGGCAAUGUCGGGUCAGAUUGAGUAGGCGUGAACCAAGAUUAGGUAGGAGACUCCACUACGUGGGCCAACGAAUUCGAUAUGCACGCGUGCCAAGGCCUCUUCUAUAAUUGCCAGGGUAUUGGCAUUUGACGAGGCGGCAUCUUAGCAGCUUGGCGGCAUUAAGGACAGCGUCAAACCUAGUGACCGAUGUUCUCGCGGAUACCAGUCCAUCCAUGUUCAGCGCACGAAGACUUGGCGAAAAUCGCCAGCGAAAACUGUGGUUGGCCAGCAGGUCUGCCCGUAUUUGAUGGCCUGACGAAGGUGAGGAUCCUGUUCAGUAGCACGUCAGAUGUCCGCGGCAGUGCCGGGGAUACCCUUUAUAGCGUCUGAGAAGAGACGUCGCACAUCGUUCGCAAUCGAAAUACUGGCAAUCAAAGUGUCUUCCUCAGGUCCCGGCUAAUUGCUGAUGAGGCGAGAAAGUGUUUCAGUCUGACCAAAAUCGGUUGUGCGACAGCUGAGGUCGGCUGGCUGAACAGACAGGAAUGUCCUUCUCCGAACCGAAGACUGACAGGAAUGGUUUGUAAUCCGCUAACAGCGCGAAUCCGAGGAACUUGCUGCCGUCAUGGAACACUGGAAAAUAUCUUUAGCUUGGUUUUUGAUAACAGCGGGAAUCUGCAUCUAACUGCAAACAACGUCGACCGGCAUAUCGGCCAAACCGAGAUGUUCAAACUAGUCGAAACCAUGCAGGUUGAGAUCGGACAUAGUGAUGUAGCAGAUCGUAGUGAUGUUGCUACCGCGGAAAGAGACACAAGAUUGCGGUUGUCCAAUUAGGUGUGAGAGACCACUGCCAGCGCUUAUGACGCACUGUCAAUGGACUUCCAGAGUCCCCUAGGGAUAAUGGCGAGGUCUGUACAACUCUAGGUCAGCUGCACGGCCAUUGAGUAAAACCUCAACAAACGUUCUACCACCAGCCGCAUUAAGCUGGAAACUGACUACGAGGAUAAGGGAAUUACCAACGGACUGGAGUUAAGACUUGCGUUUUGACCAGAAACCGUGGCUGGAAUUAGAUCUUGGGGGCGGGCUUGCUUCCAGAAGCUACUAUGGAUUUGUAGAACACAUCAUGCCUGAUUGCAACUUUUGCGGCCAUGCUGUUGGAAGGUGCAAUUCCGAUGGAAAUGCCGUGCGCCACAGGGCCGACAAGGAGAUCGCGGAGAACUCGCCUUGGACACUUGCCUGGGCCGCGUAACAGGAUGUGAUUUUGUCGGUUUAAUCUUAUGGACAGGGCAAGAUGUGGAAUGCUUCUGAAUCAUAGCGGAGUCGUGCUUAAGGCUGAUCAACCUCUAGCAUUUUCCUGACAGCUCUUGGAGUGUAAUAGAGUUUUUCUAGUUUUUUUAGACUGAAGACCUGUCCGGAUGUCAGCAUCUUUGUCAAAUUGUAGGCCGAAGAUAAACAUAUGGCAUUUGAACUGGUUUUCAGAAGGAGAGCCGAAUUGAAAACGUCCACAAUCACGAUUGGCAAUGUCCGCAUACGCGAUGUAAUCACCGGAAACUCGUUUGCACAGUUGUAAGCAUUGAGACUGAGUGCUGAAUAGGAAUUAUUGCUUGCCAAAAAUGUGCGACAACGUCUGCACCCUGUCCUUGAAAGUGCGGACUCGGGGAUUCUUAGAAAGGAAACAGUUGAUCUAACGCUCGUGUUUGGAAGAGCCUUGUUUGCGGAACAGGAGUCGUAACUUUCCACGCACGUCCUGGGCAGCCAGGUCGACAGAGAACAUGUCAUACUACUGUUUGUAAUGGGAAUCAAACUGAUACGAGCCCACCGGUCUCACAAGCAUUUAGUCAUACUGCCGACAAUGUGAUUAACAGAAUGUAAACGGCCAGCCGCGCUUGAUUGGCUCAUGGAUGAGUUGGUUAGCUUAACGAUCAGAGCCUCCAUUAGCUUGAGCUGCUGCCGCGACAUCUGCCUCAAGAGUGCGUAUUCGUCAGCCAUUGAAGUAGGAAACUGCUAUGUGAUGUACGUACCUCGGCUUUCAACUAGCAAGGAUAUCAAAAGUAGCGUAUAUAUAUUUGUUCUGAUUGUAUAACAGUGAAGGAUUUCUGCAUGGUUAUGGUCAAUCCCCUUUUGACUGUACACAUGUACUGUAUCUGUACAAGAGGCCACCCCUAACUAAUGGACAAAAAUUAAAAAUGGUUUCUCACUUUAUACUGAAUGCGCGUGUUGAAAUACUUUUAGGUACAAAUUAAUAUAAUGUGCCCUCCGUUUUGAGUUCUUUAUAAAGUUAAAGUGAAUGCUUCAGUUUACCGAGAAAAUUCAACAAAGCAUUACUACACACGUUAAAUUAAAUGCUUGUAUGAAUUAAGUCAGUGUUUAAUAUCUGGCAAGCAAAUAUUUUAUGCCUUGUUUCAUUACAGACACGCAGGGGUCUCCUUCGCGUGAAUAUGCCUCAGGACUCGAUUUAUGUUUACUUGCAGAAUGUUGCCGCAGAAACUGAAAUUCAUUAUGUUUACGGCACUGGACAAGCUCGAGGGACGGUGCGAUCUACAGGACUGCAAUUCACCAGCAUGACUGAUAUCACGAGCUUACAGCAUACAAUGGAAGCACUGAAUAUAAUGAACAUGUGGAGGCAAUCUGCCUUGUCUGUACUCAAAGACCUUGCGGUGCAGGCCUUUUUAAAUACUCCUGCAGUGUCCUGCAGUCUAUGA